AUGGCCGCGCAGCCGCCCCGCCCCGCCGGUGCUGCCCGGCCCCCGCCCGCCUCCGCCCCUCCGCCCCUCACCUGCCCCCGCCAGCCUUUGGCCGCUCGUUCCUUUCGCCCUUUUCCCUCUCUGAUCCUUCUCCGCCGAGGAGUGACUGAGGCGGGACCCGGCGGCCCGAGCUGCGGCCGGGGACCCUUCCAAAAGCGGCUCCUCCGCACGCCGCAGGGCUCGGGAAUACCGGGUGUGAUACCAGCUCCUGGCCCUUCUGUUACCUCAGCCAGGCAGGCAUUGAGAGGCUGUAAAACGGGGGGGUUGCGGUUCGUUCACCGUCUGACCCAAGGUCGCACAGAGCACGCUCGGCUCCCCAAGCGCCCCGGGCGGCGGCGACGCCGGCGCUGGGAUUCGAACCCGCGCCGUGACACGGAUGAGGGCGGCUGUUGGCACGUGCGCAUGCGCGCCGGCGGCGGGGCGGGCGGGCGGCGGCGAUGCCGCGGCUGCUGGAGAAGCUGCAGGCGGGAGGGCCAGAGGCCGCCCUCCGGCACCCGUGAGGGAGGCAGGGCCCGCGGGCGGCGCGGGGCUGCGGAGCGGGCCGCCGCUCCCCUCCCGCCAGGCCGCAGUGGCAGAGGGCAGUGCUCGGCAGGCCCGCGGCUCGGAAGGGAGCAGCAGCUCGGGCUGUGCCGUGCGGCCCGGGGGCUGUGCUUGUGCUCACGGCUGUUCAGUCCGCUUUUCCUUCAUAAGGUAGUUGAUGGCGUCUGUGGCCGUGCGUACCCUCGAUACCAGGAUUAUGGCAAUGUAUGGAGCUUGUCAGAGUGGAUGGAGGUUUUAGAAGAAACUAUGACAUAUUUCAAAACUGCAGUUGGCAAAAAUAUGUCUGAUGAAGAGGCUGCUCAGCAGAUAAUUGAGUUAAAUUCAGAUUACCAAGAAGCAAUCACAAAAUGUCUGAAGGGCAGAAAGGAAGAAAUCAGGAAUGCCCUAGUAGAAAAUGUACAUGCAAUCUCUUCUGCCCAGCUGCAGGAUUUUGACUGGCAGUUAAAGCUUGCUCUCUCCAGUGAUAAGAUCUCCAUGCUGCAAAUGCCACUCCUCAACCUUGAUUUGGAUGUGAGAGAAAAUGGUGAAAUUAAGCCAGUUUCUAUAGAGAUGAAUAAGGAAGAGUUGCAGAACCUAAUAAAUGCACUGGAAGCUGCUAAUAAGGUUGUCUUACAACUGAAAUGAUGGAAUUCAGAUCAACAGUAUGCUGGUGAUGGCUCCCUAAAUAAUUUGGGGAAAAAAUGUGUUUACUGCAAAGUGGAAAGGUUUUGGUGCUGUAAAAUACUGAAGUCAGAAGACUGUUAUGACCAAAUGAACUAUUAAUUCUUCAAUAAAAAUAAUAAAAUCUUGUAUCUAUUUGGCCAAAAAUAUUAAAAUUAAUGUACAGUUGCUUUAGUACUAAAGAUUUAUAGACAUUUGGAAGAGAAUCACUUAUGUGCCAUAUUUGUUUUGGUAAAACUUUGGCAGUGACUACACAGCUGCCUGGUAAAACUAAGGCAUCUUACUUGCAUUGUAUGUUACCUUAUCUAAAAUGCCACACUAAUAAAGAAUGAGAGAGUAUUUGUAGCAUUAAUGUAUUUAUACUUGUAAAUAUGGUAAAUAAACACCUGACUUUGUGUGUGAAUAAUG